GACACAGGCGUCCCUCUCAGACCUUCCCUUCUUGCAACAGGACUCAUUCAGCUGCUGGGGAUACAGAUGUGGCUGCUCAGUGAUGGAGAAGGGGCAGCGGGUAUGUGCACUGAGUGACACUGAGAGUUGGGGGGACAGCUCCGUCAUUGGGGGUCUCUGGUGCACGGACUUGUGACGGUGGAAUCGCUGAUUGUGGCUCGCUGCAAAGAAGACGACGGAUCAUUGUGCGGACAAUACACAGGAGAAGGCAAAUGUCAUCAGCCAUAGAAAGGAAGACCCUGGACCCUGCAGAUGAGCCAGUGGAUGAAGUCCUGCAGAUCCCACCCUCACUUUUGACAUGUGGGGGCUGCCAGCAAAAUAUCGGGGAUCGCUACUUCCUAAAGGCCAUCGACCUGUACUGGCACGAGGACUGUCUGAGCUGUGACCUGUGUGGGUGCCGGUUAGGAGAAGUCGGAAGGAGACUUUACUACAAAUUAGGACGCAAGCUGUGCCGGAGAGAUUACCUAAGGCUUUUCGGUCAGGACGGUCUAUGUGCAUCAUGUGACAAGAGGAUCCGGGCUUAUGAAAUGACCAUGCGGGUGAAGGACAAAGUCUACCACCUGGAGUGCUUCAAGUGCGCGGCUUGUCAGAAGCACUUCUGCGUUGGUGACCGUUACCUGCUCAUCAACUCAGACAUUGUGUGCGAGCAGGACAUCUACGAAUGGACCAAACUUAAUGGGAUGAUGUAGCCUCACGUGGGUCUACUCAGGUGGACGUCUCUCUCAUAUGUCAUCUGCUCCAUGAGGUCGCCAGAUAAACCUCACUCUAUGACACUGAGUCCUAGAAAUUCAUCACGUCGUGUUGGACAUCCAAGGUGGUCUCUGUUAGAAGAACCAUAAGGUGGUUCCAAUUCAGUUCUCUGUCCUCACCAUGGUGCUUCUAUAUUGAGAAGAGGACAAUAUUUGAGUGGUUACCUCCUAUGGAUUAUGAAAAAACAUGUUGCAAGACACAUAACAAUCAAAAAGACUACAAACUACUGCAACGUGUUUGGUGACCAUGAUGCAAACGUACGCUGCAGUUUUUGGCAGUGAAUGGAAGUAUCAAUACCACUGACCUAUGCUGGAUAAUCUAUGCAAUACAAGCGUCUUGUUCUUAAUUUCCCAUUUUUUUUCCACUGUGGAAAGGUUAAAGACUAUGUAAAUGUAACUGACAUACUUCUUCUUGUGUAGAAUGGUUCCUAGAGAGCCCUCUGAAGCUCGGGGGUAUAAGGAAGCCUCUAUCCCCAUAUAUAUUACAUUAAAUAAAGUUAGGUUCAUGUUUUCAUUUC